UGGGCUUGAGUUGAUGGCAUUGUUUGAGUAAGAGGAGUGAAAAUGCCGAAGAGAAAAACUAGGGCCGCUCCUUCCCGAAAGGCAGCGCCGAAGAUCGGCGAGCCCAGCAACGAUGAGGCGAAGCAGGAUAAGGAUGACAGGGCAGAGGCCAUUGCCAUCUAUAAAGAGGAAUUCGAACAAGAGCUGAAAGUACGGGAGAAGAAGCUGGAGAAGGAGCUAAAGGAGUUGACCAAAUCACUGAAAGCUGCCCAUCGGACUACCCUAAUUUCCCUUCCAUCGUUUGUUCAGAAAAUGACCGUCGCUGAGUUUGUUGCUUUUGGCGGUGACGUCGAUGCAGCUGCUAAGGCUCAUGUGGAGAACUCUGUGGCUGAGCCCGUGAUGCCCAUCACUAAGUCUACAUCGUCAACGUCUGCAUCUGGGUUGACAGAUGAACCACUAUCUGAUGUGACCAAUCGCCAAAUGCCUGCACCGCCCGCGUGCGUGGAUGGCGGCGGUGUGUCGAGCUCCAUGGAAACGCCAAUGGAGACGAGCAGGACAAGAGCAAAGCGGAAACGAGUCGCCACGGAGACCGAAACUACCAAUCGGGCAACAACGACAACACGGAGGACAACGCGGCAAGCGACGCUGGACAUCGGCGACACUCCGGCACCUACUGCGCCCACUCCUGCUUUCGACUCUCGACUUCCCGGUCUCCGACAAGGCACCGGUCGGACGCGGGCGAAGACAAAGCGCGGUGUUACGAUCACGGUCAAUCCAGACAGUCGCGACGACGUCAUGUCCUUGCUCGACGUGGCCACCGACUGCAUACCGGACAUUGUUGAAGAUGAUGCAAUGAUGGAGAAGUGUCGUGACCUUCAGGCUCGCCUAACAAUGGUGCUCAGCUCUCGGAACGCAUAGCCAGCGGCACACAAGUCUUCGCUUCACACAAACUAACCAGUCACAAAAGAUUUACGCAUGCCCCUCGAUCAAUUCAUAAAAAUUAAAUCGAAAACAUUGCGUCCCACAUUUCAUUUUAUGUGGUGUAGGUACAUAGCCAGAUUUUCCUUUGCUGCGUUGUAUAACUGCAUCCUGUAUCUGCUCGCAAACUUGAUAUGGCGCCGUUCGAACAGGCUACGGCGAGCUUCCCCCAGUCUGUUCCGACUGACAUGACACUACUCUCAUAUCAUUCUUGUCUGUACCUAGGCUAGCCUUCUAGGCUCUAUCAAUCAUUAGUGAGGAUUCUUUUUUGUAGGCACGCCAUCUACCUGGACCCUCUCCGCAAGCACACUUUAGCACAGUCACCAGUCAUUUCUUCUUUCACUUGUAUUCUUUCUGCAUCGACUAUACAAUAAUAAUACUUUUAUAGUCUCAACAUUUUAGUCCAACCGUGAACUUCAUUCCGUAAAAUUUGCUAUUAGCACGUGCAUUGCUUUAGGACGAGCCAUCAUGAGUCAAUUGUACUGUCCUCUCCGAAUGCUUGUGUCGAUCACUUUGAGUUCGCUUCCGUGCUCAUCCAUCUUCUUCUAGUACGUCUGUACAUGCAUAGUGCUCCGUCCGCUGAAUCAUUGCUCUGAAUGAAGGAGUAGUAAAAUACCUACUCCCUGCUCAAUGGUUCGUAUUUUUACAACUCAAGAACUGAAUGGCCAA